AAAUUAACUAGCUUAAAAAUAAAUAUGUCAUGUCCUACUUGUAAGUAAAAUAAAAAAAAGAUUUAUGUUACCCAGUAACAUAUGUCUGCACUUGCUUUGUUGUUGUGAGCAACAACAAAAGGCAUAACAAUGUGUUAACUUCACCAUUAGAGAACCUUGAUAUUCUCCGCAGUUAGGAGGAAAAUAGGUGCAUGAUUUGUGUUGGCAAUCAGCUAAAAUGAGUUGGAAAAUAUCAUUUUGACAAAAAAUUAAAUAUCAAAUCUGUGUCUCUAGAUAAAAACAUUCUAUCAAGAUGUGCAGCUAUUUGAAACAUGCUAUUCAAUUCGUGGUUAAUCACAGGGCAAACUCUUGUGUAGAUACCUCUAACCUUAAUCAUAUCAAUUUAUGGCAUCAUUUUUAUCUUUAUACAGCACAGUUGUACUGUUUGCUGAUUUUUAAAAAGCGAAGAAAAGGUCAUGUACAAUAUUGUUGAGAAUUUAAUAUGAUGUCUGUGAUCAAGUGGUGGGAUAAACUCCUUUUUUUUUUAAAAGAGGGAUAAAAUCUAGAUUUUCUCUAUGGCAUGUUAGCAUCAAGACAUUUAUAGGUUGGUAAUAUGUCAGUGUUGUGUUUAUACACUAUAUUGCCAAAAGUAUUCACUCACCUGCCUUGACUCGCAUAUGAAUGUAAGUGACAUCCCAUUCCUAAUCCAUAGGGUUCAGUAUGACGUCGGUCCACCCUUUGCAGCUAUAACAGCUUCAACUCUUCUGGGAAGGCUGUCCACAAGGUUUAGGAGUGUGUUUAUGGGAAUUUUUGACCAUUCUUCCAGAAGCGCAUUUGUGAGGUCACACACUGAUGUUGGACCAGAAGGCCUGGCUCUCAGUCUCCGCUCUGAUUCAUCCCAAAGGUGUUCUAUCAGGUUGAGGUCAGAACUCUGUGCAGGCCAGUAAAGUUCAUCCACACCAGACUCUGUCAUCCAUGUCUUUAUGGACCUUGCUUUGUGAACUAGUGCACGGUCAUGUUGGAAGAGGAAGGGGCCAGCUCCAAACUGUUCCCACAAAGUUGGGAGCGUGGAAUUGUCCAAAAUGUCUUGGUAUGCUGAAGCAUUCAGAGUUCCUUUCACUAGAAGUAAGGGGCCAAGCCCAACUCCUGAAAAACAACCCCACACCAUAAUCCCCCCUCCACCAAACUUUACACUUGGCACAAUGCAGUCCGACAAGUAUCGUUCUCCUGACAACUGCCAAACCCAGACUGGUCCAUCAGAUUGCCAGAUGGAGAAGUGAGAUUGGCCACUCCAGAGAAGGCGUCUCCACUGCUCUAGAGUCCAGUGGCGGCGUGCUUUACACCACAGCAUCCGAAGCUUUGCAUUGCACUUGGUGGUGUAUGGCUUGGAUGCUGCUGCUCGGCCAUGGAAACCCAUUCCAUGAAGCUCUCUGCUGAAGCACUGUUCUUGAGCUAAUCUGAAGGCCACAUGAAGUUUGAAGGUCUGUAGUGAUUGAUGCUGCAGAAAGUUGACCACCUCUUGGCACUAUGCUCCUCAGCAUCCACAGACCCCGUUCCAUCAGUUUACGUGGUCCUACCACUUGGUGGCUGAGUUACUGUCGUUCCCAAACACUUCCACUUUCUUAUAAUACAGCUGACAGUUGACUGUGGAAUAUUUAGGAGCGAGGAAAUGUCACGACUGGAUUUGUUGCACAGGUGGCAUCCUAUCACAGUUCCACGCUGGAAUUCACUGAGCUCCUGAGAGCGACCCAUUCUUUCACAAAUGUUUGUAAAAGCAGUCUGCAUGCCUAGGUGCUUUAUUUUAUACACCUGUGGCCAUGGAAGUGAUUGGAACACCUGAUUCUGAUUAUUUGGAUGGGUGAGCGAAUAUUUUUGAGAAUAUAGUGUACAUGUAAGCAGCAUUUUAGUGUUGUAGCUGACUGAGGUUAUAUUCAUUGAUACUAAUUUCCCCUCUGAAACAUAACAGAAUAUACAGUACAGCAGGACAAAAUGGCAAUAGUCAAGUAAAGUGGAAAUAGCUAUAAAAAGCACUUGUGUGAAGGUACUACUACAAAACUACUAAUCUGUGUUCAUGGUUGUACGCUACCAGGAUGUGCCAGUGUCGGCCGGCCAGGUGGAGAACUAUGUUCUGCUGUUAGUGCUGCUGAGUGUUUUCGCCGGCGGGACGCUGGUCCUGCUGUCCCUGCUGCUGCUCUUCUGUCAUCGCUGCUGCAUGGGUGGACGGCGCUACUCCAGAGCCAGCGAUGACCCUGAGAAGACAAACACUACUUACGCUGAGGACUCUCAGCCCACGCAAGAAAUCACCAUUCGUCUGGAUGAAUCAGACGCACUCUCAGCAUCCAGCUGUCACGAUGGAGAAUCAGAGCGAUUUGUCUCCACGGGGUCGACUGGACGCAGAGUCUCCUUCAAUGAAUCUGCACUUUUCGAACAGGAGAAGACGACUCAGGACAAAGGACGCAGGUACACUCUGACUGAAGGAGACUUCCACCACCUGAAGAAGGCCCGGCUGACCCACCUCCACCUGCCUCCGGCCCCCUGUGACCUGAAGAUCCUCACCAUCAUGGAGUGCGACUCAACAGAGAGCAGCACCAUCAACAUCAGUGAGACUCCUAAACUGCCCCUCUCCAUCUACCAGCCCACAGAGAGGAGAGUCCCUGACUGGAUGGGUCAGAGCCUCAGUGGAGGUCUGCCAGGAGACCCCCACCACUCCAUCAUUCUGGACCAGGGACCCAGGCAGCAGCCUCCUACCAUGAAACCACAGCACACACGGUCCCAGACAAUGGAGGCUAUCGGGGACAGGGGGGAGGCUGAGAGCGAAAGGGGGCAGAGAAGAGAGUCGACUCCGGCUUCAGGCCAGACUUCAGUUCUACAUUUCUUCUCUAAAUUGCGGCGCCACGCCAGUCUGGAGGGAGCUGGGCCUUACUUUAGGAGGUGGAAGUUUGACACCAGUCACCGGGCUGCCAGUCUGGAUGCCAAAGGAUCCCCCAAGAGAAGGCCCUUUCAGAGACAGAGAGCUGCAAGUGAAACCACUGAUCACACAGAAGAUGACUCUUCUCCUCUUCGAGAUGAGGCCAUUGAAUCUUUCCCACACACUCCCAUCCAGACCAGUGGCUUCCAGUCGCUCUCUGCAGAGUCUCUGACUCAUCCCACAUCUGCACCCACAUCUUCAGUCUUCCUCAGCAGGCUAAAACUGGAGGCCAUGGUGGAGGUAGGUAGCAGCAGCACCAGGAGAGAGGAACUCUGUUUGCCAUCAGACAGGUGUCUGGCCCAGAAGCAAGAGGAAGCUGCAGUUAAUGGAACAGAAGAGGAGAACGAAACAAUGUUCGGUGGAGCUAUGAGAUCAAAAGCAGGAGACGAGCUACAAUCAGCAGAAGAUGACGACUUGUUCGGGAUGCAACAAAAAGCUGCCAUUCAGGAAAGGUUUGAAGACAUGUUAAAGAAAAGUAAAGACACGAAAACAGACAGUGGGGCGACAGAUGUGGGGAAAAAGAAGGAGGUGGAGAUAGAUGAAGGAGAUGAGGUGGUGUUGGGAGCGGAGGCCAGACGAAGGACUGACUCAGGCUCAUCUUUUUCCUUCAUGAUUCGCCAGGAGAGCUUGGAGGCUCCUCCUUCCUUAUACAAAGACAUUUGGAGCUUGCGAGCCUCUCUGGAACAAUACGCCUCCUCAGACCAGAGCAGCACAGAUCGGGAGUCCAUCCGCAGUGACGCCGACAGCGUCUCAUCGAUCGGUGGUGCAGGAGCUCGAUCGGGUCUGGACAGCUGCUUGUCCCAAGAUUUGGACGAUGAGCCUGAAGGAGAAGGGGAGGGAGAAGCGAUGGAUGGAGGAAGCAGAGGAGCAUCAGGUAUAGACAGUGAGAUGGGGAGUGGAGCAGGGGGAGAGUGAGGGGGAAACAGGAAGCUCCUCCAAAUGGACAGUGGCUAUGCCUCCAUAGAAGCACCAUCCAGGGCCCCUGAUGAGAUGCGGCUGUUCGGGACUCCUGGAGCGCCUCGAGGGAAGACAGCGUCUGAGAGAAGGUUGUUUUUCACAAGCUCUGGAAGAAAAGGCUCGGUGUGUGAGAGCAUCGAGGCCCGGCUGUUUCAGGAGGAGCUGGAGGAAGAGAUGGCGGACGGCAUGGACAGAGAUGGGAAACUCAAGGAGAAACCUCAGACUGGCAGCCAGUCUUUCACCCUUCAGGAACCAUAUCAGCUUAUGAAAUCCCUUCAUCCUCAGAAGUCUCCAGAAUCACAGACACAGCUGAUGUCGCCACUGGUGAAGCCAAUCUCACAGCCCUCCAGUCCCCACCGACCCCGUCUCCGCCGCCGUGACUACAGCAUCGACGAGAAGACAGAUGCCCUUUUUAACGAGUUCCUUCGCCACGACCCACGGUUUGACCAGCAGGACUCUCCGUUACGCUCCAGGCACAGAUCCAGAGUUCACCUCCGGAAACAGUGGCAAAGACAUAAGCAAUACAGCGACCCAGGGUCUAGCACUGGGGGAAGGUACUCCCCAUCUUUGGAGAGGCAGCGGUUCACUCCUCUGAGGAGGGGAGACAGUGCUGGCUACCCUCUGGACACCAGAUAUCACAGCACCCUCUCACGAAUCGCGAGUGCUGCCGAUGAAGAAGCCAGCGAGGUUGCAGCUUCUGAGGAGGCGGCCAAAGAGAGAGCAGAGGGCAAAGAUCCAUCAAGCGAAGGAGCUGCGGGAGACUCUGCCAGUGGAGCGACCAGCAAAACAUCUGAAGCAAGCGACACAACACAAAGCAGCUCUGACUGCGCAGCGUCGGCUGGUGAGACUGAAGGCUGCCAAAUCUCUACAAACAAGGACUCAGAAAGCACAAGCAGCCAGUCUGUGAGCACAGUGACUGCACAAACGAGCUACAUGGAUCCAAGAGUUGACAACAGGAACAACAACAGCAGUCAGGCCAUUUUAUCAGAGGUUUCCCUGCAGGCAGAGAGCAGUCUGACAGACAAGCUGGUGGUGUCAGUGGAGGAGAGGCUUUACAGCGGCCUGCGGAGCGCAGAGAAGCUCAGCCAGGGAGGAUCAGAGCGUGUGCUGACUGCGUCUCACACUGCCUCACCUGGAUUCAACCCCAUUUAAUCUUUUAACAUCCUCUCCAUCACUUUAUUUCAGAUCUAUUGUCUGUAGACCAAACGUCUGAACACAAAGGUCUGCAGCAUCUCAUGUGUUAGAUACUGUCAGUUUCUUCGUCUUCUAAAGGACAGAAUUAUCUUCUCGAUGGCCAGUCUAUUCAAGCAUCUCCACUCAGACCUUAACUGCCACUGUGAUGCCAUGUGACAUGUGAUGCACCUUUCUAUUGGUUAUCAUUCUUCAAAAUCAAAUGCACCCAUCGCAGAGCUUAGAAACUAUAGACCCAUCAUUAGAAAACUUCAAUAUUUUCAGACUUAACUGUGAAUUUUUAGCAUGCUACUGUAGGUCAAAACAAUGUGUGUGUGAAUACUGUACAGUUUUAAGUCUAAAACAAAAAGCACUUUGGCAGGAAGAAAGAUGAUGAUGGCGUUUGUCACCCAUUUCUCUCAUUUUAAAACCAUAUUAUCCUCAAGUGUCCUUCUCGUCUCGAUCAUCAUGAGCGUAAAUGUGUGCGAGACCUGCUGUGUUUGUAUCUGCCGAAAGGAAGAGGAAGACCGUGUUAAAAUGCUUCAGUGCUUGCAGCCAACGAACAUCAUAUCAGCAGAUCUGGAGAUAACGCACUAUAUGUCAUAAAAGUAAAAACAGAUGGGAUGCCCAGAUGGUACAGUCAACACAGUGGUGGGAAAAUGUGCAUCAGAUAGUUGUAUUUGAACAGUUUUUGUUUUGUUAGUCAUCUGUCCCUGUUACACAUCUUAAUCAAGGAGGUGGUAUCCAGAAGCUUCCGUGGGCUCUACUGGAGUGUUGCUGGGACUCUGCUGAGGGAAAACUGACAGAUGAUGUUUAAAGUGACUGACUCAGGAGCCUCUCAGGCCUUUAGACAGAUGGUCCGGUGACAGAGAGUUGACACUGUGAAACGUAGAGGUAGAAACUGAAAAGCAGCAGCACUGUUUGUUCUCAAAUCCCAGCAAGAAAGGGAUAAAACUCGCUGUGCAUUGCCAAAUCAGAGCGUGAUAUUCUAUAUUUUCGCUGUCAACAAAUCCAGUGAAAAACUCACAAUGAACUGAUCCAACUACGCCUCAGAGCUAAUUCUUUCAGAACUCCAUUGUUGUCUAAAAACUAUGAGAUACACAUCAGUGAGCCACAUGGUUGGACUGUGCAACAUGUUCUUUCAUUACAGUGAACACAGCCAUUAAAUCUGAGCUACAAAUGAAUAUUAAUCUCACAAUGCACUAUUUAUUAAAAGCGACAGAGCCCAGGAAAUUACCUGACCUUUAAAAAAUAUGUUGCUGUUGACUUCUGGAGACACCAGUGGAUUUUAUUACAGAGCAGGAACGUAUUGAAGAAAACACUGAAUGAACUCUAGAUUGCUCUUUUCAUGAGAUUUUCCAGCAUGAAGGCAAAAGAAUAUUUUGGGUAUUCUGAAGAGGUUCUCUAAAGUGCACCAAAAAAAGCUUUAAAUUAGCCCAGGCUUAUGGAGGGGUGUGUGUGUUCUGUGGUAGAAAAAAAUCUUUAUUUUUGACAUUUACGAUCAAAUCUAAGGAUUAAUAAAUAAUGGAAACUGAUUGGUGAGUUGGCUUUUCUUGAAUAUAGAAGCCAGUUGAAGAUCAGAAACUGUAAUCAAAACCUGUCCCCAAAAAUGUAAAAAUAUUCAAUAAAACAUUAUCAACAUGCACAUUUUAACAAAGCUCUUGGUUUAAUAAUCCAGUUUCAGUUCUUUCUACCUCAUAACCCUUGUGAGCCUCAACAGUAGUCAUGCUUUCUUUCAAACGAUCAUUUUGUCCUCUUAAGCAGUGCAGCUCCCAGUGAUUUUUACUGCACAGGGAAGAAGCAAAUCCUCACAUCAGAGACGCUCCAACCAGAGGAAGUUUAUUUGAUCUAUAGGAGGUUUUCACGUAUCAAAAGAUCUCAGAUUGAACAGCUUUUCACUCUCUUCUAAGUGCUCUGCGUCUCUUCGCCAUCAGCUGCAGGUUUUAAUACGCGAUGAAGACGGUCACCUGGGUAACUGCUAUGGUUGGUACAGCGUGUCCCUUUUUUUAUUUCCUUGAAGAGACUUAUGUUCGAGCUACAAUGUGUAUCUUAUGAAAUCUGUGUCUUUGUCCUCAUCCAUGGUGAACCAUCUGCUUUAUUGUAAAAUGAAUAGGGCAAGAAAAUUUAAACGUCUUGCAGCCUUGAGGAAGGCCAGACUUUGUGGGACCAACUGAGGCAAACAUCUCAAUGUGGACAGAUUUUCUGAAUUAAAAAAAACAACAACAAAUAACAAAA